AUGAGGACCGUGAAGAAAGGCACUCCACUGCCGCUCUCGAAGAACAAUUCUCAUCACCAAGUUACAGAAAAUCCCUCGCAAGCACAGUCCACCAACACGCCGCCUAGGCAGCGCAGCCGAGAAGGCCAACCUUUGCAAACCAACGAGGAAGUUACACGGUCUCGCCCAAAUCGUAAAGGUCGUCAACGUGACCGACUAGCCAUGUGUGCGGAAGACGUUGAGAAGCUUGUGAAUAACCAACUUCGAGACUUAAAGAUUGGUGGAAAUUUCGAAGAUGCGCUACGUGUUGAGGUAGACCGAGCAAACUCGUCACCUUUCACCGUCGAAAUUGAGCAGGUUGCUCCCCCGAAACAAUUCUCAACGCCCUCUUUUACAUGCUUCAAAGGCGAUUCUGAUCCCGAAAGCCAUCUGAAGCACUUCAAGAGCCUUAUGAUCCUCUACAAAGCUAAAAACGCGCUAAUGUGCAUGACUUUCCAAGGAGCAGCUCAGGACUGGUUCCACACCCUGCCAUCCGGGUUGAUCAAGAAGAACCCUGACCAUCUGUUCAACCUGCACAAGAAGUUCGAUGAAUCCCUCCGAGACUACAUCAAGAGGUUCAAAAUGAAGAGGGCAAACAUUGUAGGAUGUGAUGACCAAAUUGCGUCAUCUGCCUUCAAGAGGGGGUUGCCAGCUAAAUGUGAGCUGUAUCGUGAGCUGACCAUCUCUCUCGCCAAACACUGGUAG